AUGUUUGCUUGGUCGGGUGGAUCUGCUAAAUAUCUACGCCGGUAUGUUCUUAGCAGAGCUGAACGCAGACUACGGGUCGAAAGCAACCUCAGUGCUCCCGUGGCCUGUGCCGGCCCUGAUGAUGACCAGUGGACUAUUCCUCGCCUCUUCCCCGACGACAAUGCGGGGCUAAUGCCGUGGAGCCGUACGAUCGAAUAUUUGACUUGUUUCAUCAUACCUGAAGGCGCUGAGGUGAAUCGCUUCGUGGUCACGAUUGGUACAACGAUAUUUGUUUUCGGCGUCUUUUUCUCCGCGGAUGCUCGUCGCCUCCUCUCCCACCCCAUCAUGAACUUCCUUGGCCGAAUUUCCUUUCCGAUCUAUCUCAUCCACAACACGCUCAUCCGUACGGUCUUGACCUGGCUUCUUUACCGACAUUCGGCCUAUUCAAAAGGUCUAGAUAAUGUCGAUCACGAGGGCAAUCCUGUUUUUCUGGAUCGUGGUGGCUGUCUUACGUUUAUUGUGGCUAUCCCCUUGUUCUAUAUUAUCCUGAUCUACUUGGCUCAUAUGUGGACAGUCCAUGUGGACCCUCGGUGUGAGAAAGCUGUCUCGUGGAUUAAGAGGCUGGUCUUUGGGGAAGAUGAAAGCGAAAGGCUAAAAGAAGGCACGCUCGAUGGGCUACUCAAGUUCUAG